AUGGGGGCUGCCGAGAAGAAGGCGCAGAGGGUCUUGAGGGAAGCUCGGGCUGGCAAUGCUGCCCAAGGCGAGCCCCUGUCAUCGGCCAUGAGCUGUGCUUUCGCUUGCACGGCAUUCGCGGCAGCACCAAGCACGGCGCCCAGCAUUGGAGGAGGGCGCGGGGGCAAGCGCGGCAUCAACACCCUGAAAGAUGUCACGGGGCGGCAGCAGAAAGCAGCCCGCCUGGCGCGCACAGUCUGCAUCGUCUUUGGUUGCCAGAAGAAGUUGAACACAUGCGACAAGCGGGCUGGGCGCGUCAUGCGCGAGCCGCACUGGCAGACAUACGCCAUCUGCUACAAUUACAUGGCGGACGAUGAGAUAGGCGAGAGGACGGAGAAAGAUGAAACGUUUCGGAAGGCCUUCGAUUCUGCGCACUCCCAUCGCGUGACCAUGGAUGCUACUGUCGCGGAGUUCGGCAACACUGACAUCGAGACGCACUUCCGCAACGAGGCCCGCUGCGAGCGGCGCGUUGGGUUCUGGUCGAGGAGUGACUUGCACGGGCUGAUCGGCUUCAUGCCCGACCAGCUGAGCGCGAAGUGCCAGAAGCUGUGGGGCGAGCAUGGCAACCCUCUCCUGGGGGUCUUGGUUGAUGAGUUCGAGGACGCACCGCGCACCUUCGUGAUCUCGUGUGGAAAGUCCGUUCUGAAGUUGGGCGCUGAGUCGCGAGCUGCGGUUACCCUCCACAAGGAACAGCCUAGUAAGAUCCACGAUCAGUCCGUGGCGAGCUUAAAGAAUGAGUACUCUCCGAGCGGUGCCCCCAUCCCCUCGAUCAAGACCCUCCUCAAGAGAGCCGACGAGAAGCGCAGGCUCAUCGAGAUCAAGAAGGCCGGGGGGGAGAGAGCGACUGUGGAGAGCGAGGGCCUCGUCCACGUCGAAGAGGGCACCGAUGUUGCGGAGUCGGCCAUGGGCGACAUGGCUGCUCCCAGUGACGCCGCGCCACAGCCGGCGCUGCAUAGCCCGAAGGGCGGUGCUGGCGGUCACUUGGCCAGCCCUGGACGCGUGCCUGGUGGCGAGGGCAUCGUCGACGUCAGCGAGCUCAUGCAGUCGGACUCCGUCAAGGCCAGAUGGACGCUCCAGCUCCACAAGGUGAGCCACUCGCUCGCCUUGACUGGCAAGAAGAGCCUCGGGAGGCAGAAGAACACGCUGAGGACGUACGCUCAGGAGGCGGAUACCCUGGGGAGGAGCGAGGGCGACGGCAUGCGGGAGCACGCCUCGCUCAAUGAGGCCGCCGAGCAGAUCGCCACCGAGAAUGGCUGGUGCAGCGUGGCCAGGACCGAUCUCGACGCCCUGCUACCGAAGCUCGUGGAUGCUGGCGUCGACUUCCCCACCAAGUCCAAGAAUGAUUGCAUCGCGCGUGCGGUCCAGGAUUGGUCGCAGAGCACUGCCAGCCUCGAGGAGAGGGUUACCAGCCUCCUCGACAUGGUCCAGGCGUGGCCAAGUACCGCCGACAACGGUGCGUUCGAGCCCCUGCAGCCUCGACUUCGCCACAUCGAGGGUUCGCCGAAGGACCGCAUGGCUACGAUGACGGAUAUCUUGCUCAAGAAGGCGAUCUGCCCCCUCAUCAAGGACGGCGCCCGCAACGCCAGUGUCACGAUGCGCGUGAUGACCACCAUCAUCACGGCCAUAUGCGCCGCGUCCGACGACGACCAGCUGGACUUCGAGCCGUACGAGGAUGGCGCGGACGAGCUGUGCUCCCUGCGUCGUGGCAUCGUCAUGGUCAUUGAGCCCGACCUCCAGGAGCAGCAGAAGGGCGCCACACACAUUGAUUUCGACAAGUUUCAGGACGUGUCCGCCAGCGCGCCACCAGGCGAGACCAAUGUGAUUGCAACGUUGAAGCAGAACGGUCAUUAUAAGCAUCUGCUUGCAGAGUUCGUUCGUUGUCGGCCUCACCUUGACGAGCUCAUCCCUCGCUUGAUCGAUAGCGAGAAGAGGGUGACAUCUGUAGAUCCGGCGAGCCCGUUCCAGGAUAACUGCGACAUUUUGCUGAACGCUUGGAAGGUGAAGAGGAGCGCCAAGGGCAAGGUACGCCCAUCCCAGUCUAAGAAAUUAACUGAGCUUCUCGAGGAUUCUACCUUGUCUGUGAUUGGUGCGGUGCUCUCUUCCAUCGAGGCUGGCACCUUCCCCGACGAAUCCUGCGGCCAUCCCAAGGACAUCGUGGCGACGCGCAGUGAGGAGAAGCUGGCGAUGCCAGGAGCCGGCGCCAUUCAGGCCCACUUGCUCAAAGUCGCCCAGAAGCAGACAGUGGUUGGUCACUUGCACAUCUUCUGCAAUGCCCUUGACUCAUUCUGUCGCGACGCCCCUCGCGAAGCUCGCAAGGCUGCAGCCGUCACCCUCGGCAGCCAUGCGAGGACCUACGCCGACUUCGGCAUCGCCGAGAAGAACGAGGACUUGGAGCUCAAGAUUGCUUUGUGCAUGGCCAUGGUCGUGGACCGCAUGGGCGCUGGCGAGGACGUUCACAUGGUAGAGGACGUUUGCAACUACAUAAUGCUCCAAUGCCAGCUGUGCGCCCAGUUGUUCGAGUUCGUCAAGGAGCCGACCACCGACGUUGCGAAGGCGAAGGCGUGCCUGGAGGCGCUGAGCGGCCUGCAGUGGGACUUCGCCAGCAUCUACACCUACAAGGGCCUGGGCGCUGACUUCGACGAGCGCAUGGCCGCCGACACGCGUGGAGUUGCCAUGGGCCGCUUCGCGGCGGGGAAGCUGGCGCUGGUGGGGGCGCCAGGGCUUCCUGGAUGGAUUCGCCCAGUGCCCAACUGCGCAACGCUGCACUUUGCGGGCCUGAGCGGAUUGAGACCAGUUGUGCCCAAACCCGACCGCGCCACGAUCUACGGCUGCGCCGCCCUCCUGUGGCAUGAGGGGUUGGCCGCCGACGCGGCCAUCGAGGACUUGCAGGGCCGCGCGAAGACCGCGCUCUUCGCCAGCGCGCGGCCUGCCGCUCUGAAGGGCGAGCUGGACGCACUACAGGGGAAGCUGCAGACCAUCAAGGGCGCCAUGGCACUCCGCGGUGACGAGAACGCCGACCGCUUGCCGAUCGUCGGUGACGCGCAAGAGCUAGUCGACCGAAUGAUGCUCACGCAUUGCGAGGCUCUCUGCUUGGUGUUCUUCCGCGACUUCGGGGAGUCGCCGCUCAAGCUCAAGCGCAACCUGAAGGCCCAGAUGGCGAUGCUCCCAGAGAAGCUCCACCAGAAGUUGCCAGCAGCGCUGCUGGCCAACAUCAGGGACAAGGUGGGCAUCAAGAAGUGA